CUAAGUGGUGUUUGGCCAGUCCGGGUGGGUUGGAGAAGGAAGGGUAUUGGGGUGGGGAGGGAAAGGAGAGAGCCCUGGGCGGAGCUAAUUGAGUGUGCAGAGCAGGACAUGGAGGAACGUGGAUCUCCCGACGGGGACCCCGCACGGAGCCACGAGCAGGGGCCAGAAGGGCCGGAAACACCCAUCCAAGUGGUGCUCAGGGUGCGUCCCAUGAGUGCGGCCGAGCUGCGUCGAGGGGAACAGAGUGCGCUACACUGCUCAGGAUCCCGGACCCUGCAGGUGAGCCCCCCGGGCGGGGGCCCCGACGUGGCGUUCCGCUUCGGCGCCGUACUGGACGGGGCGCGCACGCAGGAGGACGUGUUCCGCGCGUGCGGCGUGCGGCGCCUGGGCGAGCUGGCCCUGCGCGGCUUUUCCUGCACCGUCUUCACCUUUGGCCAGACUGGCUCCGGCAAGACCUACACCCUGACAGGACCCCCUCCCCAGGGGGAGGGGGUGCCUGUACCCCCCGGCCUGGCUGGCAUCAUGCAAAGGACCUUUGCCUGGCUGUUAGACCGUGUGCAGCACCUGGGUACCCCUGUCACCCUCCGUGCCUCCUACCUGGAGAUCUACAACGAGCAGGUUCAGGACUUGCUGAGCCUGGGGUCUCCCAGGCCCCUCCCUGUUCGUUGGAAUAAGACCCGGGGCUUCUAUGUGGAGCAGCUGCGUUUAGUGGAGUUUGGGAGUUUGGAAGCCCUGAUGGAACUUCUGCAAAUGGGUCUUAGCCGUCGAAGGAGCUCGCCACACACUCUGAACCAGGCCUCCAGCAGAAGCCACGCCCUGCUCACACUCCACAUCAGCCGCCAAACUGCCUAUCAGGUGCCUUCUGUGGACCCUGGGGAGCCCCCUGGUGGUGGGAAGCUGUGCUUUGUGGACCUGGCAGGCAGUGAGAAGGUGGCGGCCACAGGAUCCCGUGGGGAGCUGAUGCUUGAGGCCAACAGCAUCAACCGCAGCCUGCUGGCCCUUGGUCACUGCAUCUCUCUGCUGCUGGACCCCCAGCGGAAACAGAGCCACAUCCCCUUCCGGGACAGCAAGCUCACCAAGCUGCUGGCAGACUCGCUAGGGGGACGCGGGGUCACCCUUAUGGUGGCCUGCGUGUCCCCCUCAGCCCAGUGCCUUCCUGAGACUCUCAACACCCUGCGAUAUGCAAGCCGAGCCCAGCGGGUCACCACCCGGCCACAGGCCCCCAAGACCCCUGCAACGAGGCAGCCCCAGCGUUUGGAGACUGAGAUGCUGCAGCUCCAGGAGGAGAACCGUCGCCUGCGGACUCAGCUGGACCAAGGGGACUGCAAAGCCUCAGGGUUCAGUGGGACCCGGUUGGCUUGGGCCCAGCGGAACCUCUAUGGGAUGCUACAGGAGUUCAUGCUGGAGAAUGAGAGGCUCAGGAAAGAAAAGAGCCAGCUGCAGAGUAGCCGAGACCUGGCCCGGGAUGAGCAGCAUGUCCUUGCACAGCAGGUCCACGAGCUGGAGAGGCGCCUCCUCUCUGCCUGCUACCUUCACCAGCCGGGCCCUGGCCCAGCCCACCCGUGUCCCUGCUUGAUGAUGCCAGCUGUCCCCUGCCACGCACUGCCCCCUCUCUGCUCUUGGCCCUGCUGCCACUUCUGUCCCCUGUGCCGAGCACCUCUGGCCCAUUGGGCCUGUCCACGGAGGGAACUCCACUUGCCCCAGGUGUAUGGCCCUGAGGCCCCAUCCAGCGUGCCCCUGUCUGCCCGGCCCCCACCCUGCGCCCCCCCAUGCAGCUCUGCCUCCACCAGGUGCCGAAGAGAGAAGAGUCACAGCGACUGGAUUCAGACCCGAGACUUGGCAGAGAUGCUGACCAAGGAAGAGGUGGUUCCCUCUGCACCCCCGCUGCGCAUGGGGCCCCCAGACUCAUCUCCAGUGCUGAGAGGUGCAGCCGGGGUCCCAAGCCUGGCGCGGAGACUGGAGGCCCUCAGAGAUCAGAUCGGCAGCUCCCUGCGACGUGGCCGGAGCCAACCACCCCCUAUUGAGGGCACACGGAACCCCAGCCAAGCCCUCCCUCCCUGCUGA